AUGUCUUCCGCUAAGCUUUUUCAAGUUGCUGAUCUGGCCUGUCUAUUGAUCAUCGGGCUCAUAAACGCUCUUUUGGGUCUGGUCAUUCCUCCCUAUCGCCGCGGAUUUUUCUGUAAUGACGAUAGUAUCGAAUACCCGUACAGCAGCAAGGAGAGCCUUCCAAAUUGGGUGGUAAUCAUUGUGUCGGUGAUCGUGCCAGUUUCGGUGGUAAGUUGCUCGUUUAUUCUUGUUUGAAAAUAGCCUCAUUAAGCGUACGUUUCUCAACGCGCCCGCGUACGAACAUUUCUCGCAGAAGGGUGUCUUCUGGGAAAGACGUAAUUGCGUGGGAGCGUAAAGAGGUGGCAUUUCUAAUACAUGCCUUUCAUUGUAAUUGUUGCUCCACUUUUGUUUCAACAACAUCAACAACGUUCUACCGAAUAAAUCAGUUCCUAUAUUCCAAUGAAUUGAUCUCGUUUGCUGACUUAAGCUAGCGUAUAUCUUUAUUCAUGCUGUGAAAUGUUUCUGAUUUUGUUUGAACACAGUUGGAUCCUACAAAAACUUUCUGUUGAAAAUCUAGAACCCUAGCUUUCAACAGGGUAAUAGAAAACAUAUUUCCUGCCUUGGCUAGUGUUUUCAUUCCAUAGGUCGCUGUCUUGAAAGGUGACGUAGUUUUUGGAUAUAGUGAUAGAAAGCCAAUAAAAAGUUUGUAAACACGAAAUUGAACUGGAAAGAUAAAUAUUUUGCAGAAUAUGGUUAUCAAACUAACUAUUCCCGCACUAGAAAGACCUUUUGUUUCUUUUCCGAUUGAUGGAUUACUUUGAUUUUCAUGGACGUAAGCUUUUCCAAUUACAUUAAAAACUUCUUUUUUUUCCGAUUUUUGAUCCUCGGAUGCGUAGUACGUGUUUUUUGAACGUUAACGCUGCUUCAAUAUUAAAUGAAAUCCGGUGUGUAUUACCUCAACGACCUUAAUUUAUUUAUGAGCGGUUUCCGAUAAAAAUCACGCAAAGAAAAUACUGGCUGCAGGCUUGAAAUAUAUAGGCCAGGGGUCUUUUAUCGCAAUGAGGCUUUUCAUGAGCAAUAUAUCUUGCUGAAUAUAGUUGGAAAAUCUUUAUACAAAAUUUCAACACUCCUUUGGCGUCUGUCCCUGUAUUAAAGUACCCCACCCCCUCCCCCCUUCUUAUUAGCAGUUGAUCUUUUUUAUGUGAGUGUUUUUUAAAAAAAAAUGUGUUUAUUGGAAGCUUUCAUGUUAUGAAUUUAAUCCCUUUGAGCGGCUCUUCUUAAAAGUGCAGAUAAACAUAUCUCGUGUUAUCUUGGGUGUCUGGGAAUGAUAAAUUUACAGAUCACAUGAUAGAGAUAACUGGUAGAAUGGCUUGGCACUAACACACCCCUUAAAUCUGGUCCCUAAAGAUAACUUACUAUAUUUAUGUCCAAGAAUUAAUUAACUAAAACUUAUUUGCUGGAAGAUUUAGUGACCUCUAAAUUUAAGCCACUUAAAUAUUUCUAAAUUUAAAACUUUGAACAAGUUUUAUUACUUCCUGAACAAGCCUUUAAUAUACUGAUACAAACAAGCAAGUCUUUUUCCAUAAUUAAAUUUUAAAAUUGGCUUAACAACUAUUUCCUUCUGUACAUGUAGUCUUCACAUUAUGUUUUAUUACAUAGUUCAGUGGUGUUAAAAAAUUUUAGUCCAUAACUCAAAUAGAUUAUUUUCUUCAUCCAACAUAUUUUCAAAGAUUUCACAGAGCUAAACAUUUUUUGUUGAAUACACUUUAAUUCUCAUUAAAAUUCCUUUUUGUCACAACACCAUGGUAUGUUAAAACUUAGAAAUGCUCAGAAAGUAUUUAGAAAGAUAAAAAACAAUUCCAUCCAUGAGGUGGUAAAAGUUUACAUAUCUAUAAAUACUUACAGAUCUGUCAAAUCUGUUAUACAUGUAUAUUCUGCCAUGUUUGAGAUAUAUUUCCAUUGGUACAUUACUGGUCAAUUUUGUUUACCCUUGAUGCCUGAAAUAGAAUUUUCUUUCCGUGAUUAGCAACUUGUUUAGAAGACUUGAUUUAAUAUUGUGAAUAAGUGGCUGAGCAUAGAAGCCCUCAAUAAAUAUUUGAGUGGUUUAACUGAAAUGAAAAAUAAUGAAAGAAAGAAAUUAGGUCCAGUUAAUGACAGGCUUCCCAAAAGAAAUAAAAAUAUAGUGUGACGGUGAUUGCAAGGGCUUACUUGCAUCAUUAAGACUUAGAACUUUAUAUUGUUAAGAGUGACUUCACUUUAAAUUAUGAAUCAGACAAGUACAGCAAGUGUUUUGGAGUGACAACUAAGUGAAUUGGGUGGAAAAAAGAAAUUCUGUAUUACAUACAAGACAGUGAGCAAUAAAUGUUUCACACUUAAGUGAGGCAAUAAUUAAAACUUCUUUACUUUUACCUGGUUUUCUUUGCUGAAAGCUAUUGAGAAGAGGAUUCUAAAAAUUUAUCAACCUAUACUGCCGAACUAUUUUAUCGUUCCCAGCUUAAUCUAUGACCAAACUAGGGAGGAACAUGUGGCUGGCAGGAGGCACUGUAAAUUUAAAUAUAGGAGAUGGUGCAGUCCUAAGACUGCCUGCCUGCUCGUAUUGAGGUCUAAGAGGUCAUUUUAGAAAGAGCAACCUUGGACUUUGUAACUCCCUACUGAGAGCUUGCUUGAAGGCAUCUCAGCUUUCAAGCAUGCUCUUUUACAAAGCAGUUGUGCUAAAAGUGGGCUUGUUUUCAUUUCAUCUUGCCUGCUAGGAUUAUGUUUACCAAGCAAAAUAAAAAACAGAGCCUGAUCUAGGGUUAGCUUGCAAGUAUUAAAUAUCAGCACCAUAAUGCUGUAUGCAGCCAUAAGGUUAUACCACCCAGUGCAAGGGAAUAGGGACACACAAAGUUUCACAUGAACACAUUGCCAUUUGUCUGUAGAGCAGUUCAGUAGCCACGUAUUCUGUUGCAGUGUUUCCACAGACAUGUCUAUUUUUAAACUGAUCCAUUAAAUUCAGACUACUACAUGUAUGAGAAAAAAUGAUCCAGAAUGCAUCCAAAAAUAAACAGGUCUCUGAAAACACCAUGACGGUUAGAUGUUCCAGGUUUCUAGAAACUUCAUGCAACAGAAAAUGUUGUGAGUGAUUUGUUCACCUUAGUGUUAACAAUUAUAAAAUGAUAACUAAUGCCUACUUAAUGUCAAUAUUUUUAGAUCAUCAGUUGUGAAGUUGGAAAACACUGGUACAACGGUGACCUUGCAAGACAACAAUAUAGCCAAGACGGUGAUGAAAACUUACUUUGUGGACCUUACACCAAAAAACCAGUAUUCCAGAGGUAAUGAAAGUCUUGACCAAUGUGCAGCCUAUAAAAUAUUUCAGGAUGAUCCUGUUUAUUUGGAACCGCUUGUAAAUUAAUAAAACCACACACAAUUGUUCUUCUUUCUAAACGAAGCUCUUAAUUUGAUAAAGCAACUAGCAGUCUGAUUAAAAAAAAAAUCGAUACUUGUACAAAGCAUCUGCCGAAAUUCAUUUUUAACGGGAGCACAGUGAUUCUGAAACGUAUAAGUGAACGUUCGUGAUUUGGCUAGUUAAUCCAUUAACGGCUUUUCCUUUGAUUGGUCAGUUUAAAUUAAAAGUACCUUGUGGCAUGCUGACUUUCAGUUAAUAGGGAUUUGUACGUCUGACCCUUUAAGCUGUUAAUAAAACCUUGUUAAACACUAAUUGUCAUGUCUUGUCUGUGGUUGCAUCAAUUUUUAUUUUGUCAUGCAACUUUGUUAGUUGUAAACUUAGCAGUCAGGCAAUUAAGCAUGGUGGUUAUGUCCGGGACAUACAAAACAAUCUUCCAGGAGACCUAGACUAGCUAUAGCCCAUGUAACAUUUUCUUUUACAUACUUUAUGACCUACUAUCUUAACUUAAAAACAGACUAUUGGUAAAAAGAUGUUUGGACGUGUUAUGUAGACUAUGUACAACUCUCAGGCUUUGAUAAAAGAUUAUCUUUUACCACAUAAAUCCCUCCAAAAUUUUAAAACCUGAGUUUAAAUUUUGCACAUUCAUUUUAAAGGGCUUUGACCAUAAAAUUCAACACUUUUUUUAACAUAAUAAUAAUAAUAAUGAUGAUGAUGAUGAUGAUGAUGAUGAUGAUGAUAAUAAUAAUAAUAACAAUAAUAAUAAUAAUUCAAUUUUAUUACUAUUUUCAUUAUUAUCAUCAUCAAUAUAAGUUUGUAUAUUCAAGUAUAGCCCAUAUUAUCUUGCUUGGUCUAUUCUGACAUUAUCGAAUGCUGCAGGCUUCUAGUUAUUUCAACUGCAACAAUGCUAACUGCAGAUUUUUCUUUUCUCUCCAGGGUUUUUAAAAUAAUCUAUGUAUUCCUAUAUGGUACUCUGGUCAACCUAUUAUUUACCCUGUUUAUCAAAAUAUAUGUUGGCCAACUGAGACCCCACUUCUUAGCUGUGUGCAAACCAAACAUGAGCUUGAUUAACUGUAGUGACGGGUACAUCACAAACUAUGUCUGCACUGGCACAGAUGAGGCUGCAAUUGAAAGAGCCAGGUUGGUGUGAAACUUAUACAUGCAAGUUAAUUAAUAUUCACCCUUGAAACAUAUUGGAAAACCUUUGGUCAACUAACUAGCCAAGGAAAUUAAAGUAUGUGUGCAUAUGUCUUCACACUGAUUAUUUUUUUUAGUUAGAAAAUUAAAUUUCCCUACAAUUACCGAGUUACAAAAAAAGAAAAUAAUAAAAUGAAAAUUAAAUAUAUAGCAAAAUAUUGUUUCAUUUUGUGAGCUUGAUAAGUCAGAUCUGAGUGGAGUACAGUCAUAUGGAAAGUUGAAAGUGAGACAUUGUCCAAAGAGCUGCCUCUUGAUUUCACUUUAUCUUUCAUUUUAAGUAUCAAAAAUCUUUAAAAAAAAAAACAUCAUGAAGGCACGUGCAAAAGGUUCUGUGAUUGCAAAACGUGUGAUAAAAAGCAAAACUAUCUAUAUCAGCACCUCAAGAACUUCUUAAGAAAUAUAGAAAAUGGCCUCUUGAGGAAGCAGCUGCCAAACAAUAUUAAAGGAAAACAGAUGAUAACAAUCAUUAGAUACUUGAAGGAUAAUGGUCAUGAAUCAACCAUAAUGAAUAUGUACAUGAUUGUCCAUGUACUAUUAGUGCAAUCACAAAAGGAAUCAAAAUGUGCUUUUCUGUUACAUUCUCAUGUUCUUAAGUGGGUCCGUGAACAGGGUUUAUGAUAUACACUGGGUUUAAUUGGCAGGAAAUGGGUUGAGUUACACUAAGAGCUUAAGUCACAUCCACACACUUGUAAAUUAAACCUGGAUUGCAUUGGAAUCAAAUUAACCCCUACAAAAGGUUAUGGAUAUGGUUAAGGGCUGGGUUGAUUAAGUUCAGUCUGAUCCAGGUUUUGCCUUGGCCCACUCUAUGUGUCAUAUGGCUGGUGUAAUUGUAAUAAUAUUUACAUGAGCCAAAAUAAAUUUCAACCCGUCUCACCACAGAGCCCCCAGUUGCUCAGUGGUUAGAACAUCUUAACUAGGACUCGGAGGAUUGUGAGUUCGAUUCUCAGCUGGAGUUUGGAAUUUUUUCUCGAGCUUUCUCUUGUUAGAUUUUUCCCUCUUCCAAAAUAUAGCAAAGUUUUGACUUAUAGCUUUAAUAAUGUUACACCAUCCACCCAGAUUUUUUUACUUCACAUUGAUAAAUGUAGAUUAAUUUGAAGUUACACAUUUGUUUUAUAGGAGAUCAUUUCCUUCUGCACAUUCAUCUGGUACCAUGUAUGGCAUGUUCUUCUUAGCAGUAAGUAGCUAUUUUUUUCUGUCAGCUUGUUAUUAUUUUGUGCCCAAUGUAAACCUAUUAAGAGGCAGCCUACAUAUUCAGUUNUUAAUUGGCAGGAAAUGGGUUGAGUUACACUAAGAGCUUAAGUCACAUCCACACACUUGUAAAUUAAACCUGGAUUGCAUUGGAAUCAAAUUAACCCCUACAAAAGGUUAUGGAUAUGGUUAAGGGCUGGGUUGAUUAAGUUCAGUCUGAUCCAGGUUUUGCCUUGGCCCACUCUAUGUGUCAUAUGGCUGGUGUAAUUGUAAUAAUAUUUACAUGAGCCAAAAUAAAUUUCAACCCGUCUCACCACAGAGCCCCCAGUUGCUCAGUGGUUAGAACAUCUUAACUAGGACUCGGAGGAUUGUGAGUUCGAUUCUCAGCUGGAGUUUGGAAUUUUUUCUCGAGCUUUCUCUUGUUAGAUUUUUCCCUCUUCCAAAAUAUAGCAAAGUUUUGACUUAUAGCUUUAAUAAUGUUACACCAUCCACCCAGAUUUUUUUACUUCACAUUGAUAAAUGUAGAUUAAUUUGAAGUUACACAUUUGUUUUAUAGGAGAUCAUUUCCUUCUGCACAUUCAUCUGGUACCAUGUAUGGCAUGUUCUUCUUAGCAGUAAGUAGCUAUUUUUUUCUGUCAGCUUGUUAUUAUUUUGUGCCCAAUGUAAACCUAUUAAGAGGCAGCCUACAUAUUCAGUUAAUCAGUGUUCAUCAUAAACUGAUAAAAAGCAUGUCAUGUUAAGAAAACACACUGGGAAAUUAAACAUGCCCUCAUAAAUGUGCUCCUUAUGUUGUAGCAGUUUACAAACCCUUGGAUCAACAACAAGAGACUCAUAAACAUAAAUAAGAUUUAUCCAUACACAACCCCCCAAGUUAAAGGUUUUGCUCAGUCGCCAAUUAGCAAUUAACCCUUUUGGUUUAGGAAGACUUUUUUACAAAUCAAGUCACCAGCUGCGCCAUGGCGACCAAAAUGGUCGCAACUUGGAGGGUUGAUGCACAGCGCAAGAAGCAUGUCAAACAAAAAAUUCUCGUCACACUUGCACUCUACAGUAGUUAGUAAUAGAUGCAAUACUUAGUGCUUGUGAUGUUUGUUCUUGCAGCUUUACUUUGAAACACUGUUCUUGUCUAAAACCAAGGGAUUCUUUCUAAAGCCAUUCAUUCAGUGUGGAUGUAUUAUGGUGUCACUGUUUUUUGGACUGAACAGAGUGCGAGAACAUAUGCAUUCAUGGACCGAUAUUUCAGCAGGUUUUGCCCUUGGAGCAGUCAUGGCUAUUUAUAUGGUAAGUCCCAAUUAUUGAUAUGUACUCUUUUUUGCCUAUUUUUCCAGGGAUUAUAAGUCAAUUGUCAUAAAAUUACCCAACACUAAAAAAUGGUUAGGGAGGGACCAUUCAAAAAGUUAUAGGGAAUUUUCGAGGCACGUGAAUUUUUUUUCUUAACAUUUCCCUUGUAUGAAAUUUUUUAGACCAGUGUAGGAAUAUUUUGUAAGGCCUGUUUCAGAUGCUUUACUUUCCAUGUGCCGAACUGAAUUGAAUAAGUUUGACUUUAGAGUCACACUGGCACGACAUCUGAUUCAGACAGCGCACUGUGUGUCGAGUCUAAGUUAAGUUUGACAGACUAUUAAUGCUUUUGCUGCACAAAACUAAAACUGUCGUACCAAAUUGCUUCAGACACCACCCUUUUGCUGUGCUUAAUUCAUCAGUUGGGUGCGGCACAUAAGCGGAGCAGCAUCAGAAUAUGGCCUAAUGCUACUCGGCAUGCAUGAAUUUUUUUUUCAUAAGAAUUUCCCCUUGGAUGAAAUAGUUUUUGUACCCCCCUCCCCCACCCCAUCACUAUUCUAAUAGUACCCAGUUUCUGUAGCAUGGAACAAAAAAAAAAAGUGGUUUCACUCACAUGGCCAGCAGCUAUAUGCUAAUGUAUUAGGACAAAAAGAGGUGUUAACCCUUUAAGCCCUAAGAUCAAAAUUUAAAUUCCCAUGUGCUGUCCCUAUACAUUUCCUAUAAAAGUAGUGAAGAGAAGUUGUUGAAGUAUCAACUCAUUAUGUCUUGUGUGAUCAUCUCCUUAACUCUCAUCACCAAUCUGUUUCGUAAAGCAUUAAUAUGACAAGGAGAAUUUUGAUGAUCACACUUAGGGCUUACAGGGUUAACAAUAAAAAGUUUCAACCCCCUCAGAAUAAGUGAUAAACCCCCAAAGUCAAAUAAUUAUUAUUUUUGCCAUAUUUGUGAGAGCAAUUCACCACAAUCUGUAAUAAAACUUAUAAAAUUGGUCAUCUGUUAUUUAAUGACUACUCUUUUGAUAUCUAGCUUAAUUUUUACUUCUCUUUCCUUUUUCAGAUGUUCCGGGUUCUAAGGCCAGCUGAAUUUAGUGGAAAGAAACCAGCAAAAGUAAAUACACGGAGAGAUGUAUUACGGACUUCUGCGGAUAACAACGUGUUCUUGCAAAAUUCACCAGUUAGCAAAGAAUUCAGAUACACUCCAGAACUAGUGAUUGUACCCUGAUUACCACUACCUCACUUUUUAGAGAAAGAAAAGGAGCUACAAGGGCAUAGAGAAAAUCUCUACACAGUUGUCAUCAUCUUUUGAACCAACAGAGAAAUCUGUAUGGACAUGAAAAGCUCAGUACAUGUUAAGCUUUCAGAUGAAUCAUGUCAGAAAGAGAGAGAGACAGUUCAAAGUUCUUCAAAGUUUGAUUUGCGUGUAUCAGCCUGUCUUGGUCAUUGUCAUUAGUGAUGUAUGCAAAAGAACUGACAACAAGCUCGUGCAUGAACAAGGCAAAGAUAAACCCUGGCUGAAGAAAAAGGUGCCACGACUUAAGCAAUUCUGAUUUUAAGUGAGAUCUCAAGAGCAUUGUUUUUACUUUGUAAGAUGCAUCAACCAGUAAGGGAUGCCGGACUUCACAAUCUGUUAUUGAUGACACUUCCUUGACAGAACUUAUGUAUUCAAUGACUUUGCAUAGUGCGCAGCACCUCAGCAAGAACCGUGUCAUAAGAUAUGACAUAUCAGAGUCCCAAAUUUGGUAAUAAUAGGUAGAGAGAAGCCAGAGAAAAUCACUACGGAUAUAGGUGCCUCUUAUUACCGAGGAAAAUACUUUGUGAUCAUCUUCCAUUUAGAAAUUGGUUGUUAACCGUUUAAAAAAGAUACAUAAAAUCUGGUUGUUUUUAAAACAAAUCAUUGGAACAUCUGAAUACUUAGGUCGUCUUGAUUUCCCACUUGAAAUGUUCCAGAUUGUUUACCAUUUAAAAGCCAACCAUCCAGUCAGUUCAUCACAGUGUUAAAAAAGGUGAUGAUAGGCAACUUUAAUUUGGGAAUCGCAUUUACCAGUUGCACAAAUCAAUCCCAUUCACGUGUACGUAAGUAUGGCUGCAAAAACCUGAAACUGGUGUCAGUGAUGGGUUUGAAGAGGUCAGAAUACAUUAAUUGCCAUAAAACACACUUUCUUUGAAAAUGUUUAAAAUGUUAUUAAUAGAUUGAGGUGCUCAUA